ACAAUUUCAAUGCAAUUUACUAGUUAUUGCACAUGAACGAAUUUAUCCCGAUAGAAUUUUAACCAAGAAAACAAAAAAGUUUUUGUUUUUUUCAAUUUUGAAUACCCUCCACACAUUCAUCACGUAACCUUAUCUUCAUCGUUACCAAAACCCCAUCAAAUUGCCACUUAACAAAAAAAAAUUCACAAAUGCAAUAUUCAUUUCUACACUCCAUCCAUCUCCGCCAGAAAUGGCCACCAAAUUUGGAUUCACUAUAACAACAAGCAGUCGCCUUUUUCAUGCUCCGUUUAGAAAAAAACCAAUUUUUUCUCCCAAUUCUGUAAGCCCUUUGAUUAAUUUUGGUGGAAGAAAGUUAUCUAUUCGACGUAGGCUAUUGUUUCUCUCUCCUAAGGCCACCACCGAUCAGCCAGGUCAGGUCAAGGAGGAUGAGAUUGAAGACAGUAAAAUCUUGCAGUACUGUAGCAUUGACGGUAAAGGAAAGAAGUCUCUCGGGGAAAUGGAGCAAGAGUUUCUUCAAGCACUACAAUCAUUCUAUUAUGAAGGAAAGGCCAUGAUGUCAAAUGAGGAAUUUGAUAACCUUAAGGAAGAAUUAAUGUGGGAAGGAAGCAGCGUCGUCAUGCUAAGCCCCGAUGAACAGAGGUUUCUCGAAGCUUCUAUGGCUUAUGUAUCUGGAAAUCCAAUUAUGACUGAUGAAGAAUAUGACAAGCUGAAGAUGAAACUUAAGAGGGAUGGCAGCAAUAUUGUGGUUGAGGGUCCAAGGUGCAGUCUUCGAAGUAGAAAGGUUUAUAGUGACCUUUCUGUUGAUUAUCUGAAGAUGUUCUUGUUAAAUGUCCCUGCUGCUGUUGUUGCUCUCGGAUUGUUUUUCUUCCUAGACGAUUUGACUGGAUUCGAGAUCACUUAUCUUUUGGAGCUUCCGGAGCCUUUCAGUUUCAUUUUCACAUGGUUUGCUGCUUUGCCAUUGAUAUUAUGGCUAUCCUUUACAAUCACAAAUGCCAUUGUUAAAGAUUUUCUCAUCUUAAAGGGCCCCUGUCCGAAUUGUGGAACAGAGAAUACUUCCUUCUUUGGUACAAUAUUAUCGGUAUCUAAUGGGGGUUCCAGCAACAAAGUAAAAUGCUCAUGUUGUGGGACAGACUUGGUCUAUGAUUCAGAUACGCGUUUGAUUACAUUGCCUGAAGGAAGUAGUGCAUGAUUCGAGGAUGAUUUUAUAUAUGGAGAUAUCUGCACAAGAGAUUUGCUCUUUUAACACAAGCUGCGCAUGGAAGAGAGACCAUAUGAUGCAGUUUGUGAAAAUGAAAAACAAGUUCAGUAUUGAAUUUGUGAAUGAUUUGCAACUUGUAUUGUGUGAAUAUGUUAUGUAAUGUAUUGUGUGUGACUAUAAGUUUAUCAAUAAAAAAAAAAACAGUUUUUAAUGA